AUUUAGUGUGUCCCUUAUUACAUUGUGCGUUUCUCCUCUCGCUCUCGCCCUCCCUCUUCCCUCAUCACGAACGAGCAUCGCUCUUGUGUGUUAAAAAAAAGAAUUUCCAGUAUGGCUGAUCCUUACGCGCACCAAUACCCUGCUCCCGCAGCGGGUCACCAACCUCAAUAUCCUCCAUCGCCAUUUGGCCCACAGCAGCAUCAGCAAGCUUACGAUCAGACAUACUUUGCGAGCCAGACCCCAAUGCAGCAUCAGCAGCCCAUGUUAGCGGAUCAGCCUGUUCCUUUACAAAACCGUACACACGACCCGUACGAACACGUAAACAACAAGCCCAAUGGAUAUAGUGAUCCACAAGCAGUGUCACUGUCGGAUUAUGCCCAGGCCGAACGAGAAGAACAAGUGUACAAGAACAAUAAUCACUACUACCAAGACGCUGGAUACGGUGGAGGGGCAGGAGGAGGAUAUCCUGACUAUGAUUAUAACAAUCAAUAUGGAGCUCACAACCAACAACACGGAGCCUAUGGUGUAUAUCAUGAUGAUCCGAGCGAUAUACCCAUGGUGCAGCAAAAUUAUAGUAAACAGAACACCAGCAGACCGCGUCCGGCAGGACCCACACUUGCUCCUGACGAUGAGGCAGAUGCAUACCAUCCAAAAACAUACCAGCGACAUGAAGACGGUGGAGGCUGUAACUGCUGCUGCUACAAUCCUGAAUGUACUUGCUGUGGCUGCUAUUGUAUGAUUCUCAGCCUGGCGUUUCUGGCUGCAGGGAUCGCCCUGAUCGUCGCCGCGUCGGUGAUUCAAGACAAGUGUGACAACCAAUGUGGAAACAUUCCGGAUCAGCUGGAUAGUACGGUAUCGGCGUGCGGCACAGUCUGUGAAAAGGUGGUUCAUGAUGGACUCUUCUACGGAGGCAUAGGUGUAACUGCGUUAGCCGGCAUAGCCGUGCUAUGGCGACUCAUAAUGUGCAUGUGCGCUGCUGGAUCCAGACACUGAAAAUAGUACAUUAUUAUCAUUAUUUUUUACUGGUCAUAUAUUUGUAUAAAAAUUCACG